CUAUAAAUAGGAAGCCCACUUUGCCUCAUUUUCAGCAGAGAUUUCAGACACCCAAACUAACACACUUCCCCCACUCACAGCGCAAAAAAAUGUGAGCAAAGGAAAGAAAGUUCGUAAAGGCAUUCAUCUUUAACGUACAAAUUAAAUUAAAACCCAUAGUAGAAUUGCAGGCCGGGAGGACUUUCAGUUUGAGAGGAAGAGCUAGCAAUGGAUAUGGAGAUUGGAAGCAGCCGGGGACAAGAUUUCAAAGGUGAGGACGACAGUAAUUGUCCUGAACAGGCAGUUGAGGAGACUACUCUUGAUUGGAGGGGCAGACCUUCCGAUCCUGCAAAACAUGGCGGAAUCAGAGCUGCAGUCUUUGUUCUUGGGCUGCAAGGAUUUGAGAUAAUGGGGAUAGCGGCAGUGGGGAACAAUCUGAUAACGUAUGUGAUCAACGAGAUGCACUUUUCACUGUCGGAAUCAGCAAACAUAGUGACCAACUUCAUCGGAACUGUCUUCCUCUUAGCACUCCUCGGUGGUUACCUCUCCGACUCUUUUCUUGGCUGCUUUUGGACCGCCCUCAUUUUUGCCUUUCUUGAACUUUCGGGUUUCAUAUUAUUGUCGGUCCAAGCUCAUCUUCCCCAGCUAAAGCCACCAAAAUGCAACGUGGUGGUUGACGGCGGCGAUGGAUGCGAGGAGGCGAAGGGUUUGAAGGCACUCAUAUUCUAUGUCGCACUCUACUUGGUGGCGCUUGGGAGUGGGUGUGUCAAACCUAACAUGAUCGCCCAUGGCGCUGACCAGUUCGAUCCGCAGCAAAACCCUAAGAAGCUCUCCACUUACUUCAAUGCCGCCUACUUUGCCUUCUCCGUCGGCGAGCUCGUCGCCCUCACUCUCCUCGUCUGGGUUCAGACUCACUCCGGUAUGGACGUCGGCUUCGGGAUCUCCGCCGCCGCCAUGGCGAUGGGCUUGAUCAGCUUGCUCUGCGGCACGGUUCUGUAUAGGAACAAGCCCCCUCAAGGAAGCAUUUUCACUCCAAUUUCUCAGGUUUUUGUGGCUGCAUUUGUGAAAAGAAAAAUGGAAUUUCCUUCUGAUCCGCGUAUGCUUCACGGAAGCCACCGCACUCUUUCUCAUCAUCUUCAUCACACUAAUCGAUUCAGGUUGUUGGACAAGGCUUGUAUCAAGCAGGUUGAAGAUGGAACAAGCUCAAAGGAGAAUCCAUGGCGGCUCUGCACUGUAACCCAAGUGGAAAAAGUGAAAGUAUUAAUCUCAAUGAUUCCCAUAUUCGCCUGCACCAUCAUCUUCAACACCAUUCUAGCACAGCUCCAAACAUUCUCAGUCCAACAAGGAUCCGCCAUGAACACAAACCUCAAUUCCUUCAAAAUCCCCCCUGCUUCCCUGCAAGCCAUUCCCUACAUGAUGCUCAUCUUCAUCGUCCCUCUCUACGACGCCGUUUUCGUCCCCUUCGCCCGCAAACUCACCGCCCACCCCUCCGGCAUCUCCCCUCUCCUCCGCAUCGGCCUCGGCCUCUUCACCGCCACUUUCUCCAUGGUAUCCGCCGCCGUCACCGAGAACAAGAGGAGAACGGCCGCCGUGAAAUCCGGCGAGAUUCUCUCCAUCUUCUGGAUCGCUCCCCAGUUCCUCAUCUUCGGAUUCUCCGAAAUGCUCACCGCCGUCGGAUUAAUCGAGUUCUUCUACAAACAAUCUACGAAAGGCAUGCAGACAUUCGGGACCGCCAUGACCUACUGUUCAUACUCCUUCGGUUUCUACUUAAGCUCAGUUCUUGUAUCCAUGGUGAACAAGAUAACUUCUUCUCUUUCUGGUUCGAAACGGAAAGGGUGGCUAAGCGAUAAUAAUCUGAAUAACGACAGGCUUGAUCUGUUCUACUGGCUGCUAGCGGGGAUGAGUUUCCUUAAUUUCCUGAAUUAUGUGUUCUGGGCUAGAUGGUUUUCCAGAAACCGGUCGUCUUCGUCGCCGGAACAGCAAAGCUUUGGUACUACAAAGGUGGUCGGAGAUGAUAGUAUUAGUGUAGCUUGAAGUAAGAGUACAGUAAUGUUAUAUCAUGUUUUAUUAGUUGAGGUGAUAGUAUAGAAUCAUAAAAUUGUUCGUACAGGAAAGGGAGAUUAUAUAUAUGUAAUUUCGUGGCAGAUUUACUAUAUAUGUAUAUAUAGGUUUCUCGAGCUUUUUAUGAACAUGAUGAUACAUACACUUCUCCCAUAUGAUACUCGGAAGUCGGAAUUCA